CAACCCAGGAAAGAAAGAAAGAAAAGAAUCCAUUAACUGUCGUUGCUGUAGCUAGCUUACCCUUAUCUUCUUGCCUCGCAUUUCUACUUUAAAAUCCCUAUCCACCUUCUAAAUCCAAUCCCCGUUAAACCCAUUUCUCAAGAUUUUUUUUAAAAAGUUCAUUUUCAUUAUAUUAAUACAUAAGAAAUCGACAUGCAAAUGUUAGCAUGCAAUUCUUGGUCUUUACGAAAAUCUUCAUUCCAUGGAAUCAUUAUUGUCCCAAGACGCUUCUUCUUGGGCCGCCGGCAGCGGUUGUCUUCUCUCUCUUUUUGCUCCGAUGAUUGCGAUAGUGAUGCCUUUUCUUCCCACUCCAUAUCCAUUUCCAGGGCUGUUAGAGAUGGUACCGAGUUUGUGCGUGAAGAUCUCAAAAGUUGUCUUGUGACAACACGGCGAAUGUUGAUCUCAAGUCUGUUCAUGUAUCUUUGGUAUUUUCCUACAAGGUACUUAUCAGCCCAAGCACUAGGGGAUCCAUCUGUGACAGUUGAAGAAGUAACUCCACCAGUUUUUCCUUCUGGGGCACUCUUCCCUACUGAGGAAAGAAUUGUUCAACUAUUUGAAAAGAACACAUAUACUGUUGUCAACAUUUUUGAUGUUACAUUGCGCCCGCAACUAAAUGUAACAGGUGUAGUUGAGAUUCCUGAAGGCAAUGGCUCUGGAGUAGUUUGGGAUGGAUGGGGACAUAUUGUCACAAAUUAUCAUGUGAUAGGCAAUGCUCUUUCAAGAAAUCCAAGCUCUGGGCAAGUUGUUGCACGAGUUAAUAUUCUUGCAUCCGAAGGGGUACAAAAGAACUUUGAGGGUAAAUUGAUUGGUGCUGACCGUGCGAAGGACCUUGCGGUCUUGAAGGUAGAAGCACCAGAAGACCUGUUGAGGCCAAUUAAGGUGGGACAAUCUGCUUCUCUAAAAGUGGGACAACAAUGUCUUGCAAUUGGUAAUCCAUUCGGAUUUGACCAUACCCUUACUGUUGGGGUAAUCAGUGGAUUGAACCGAGAUAUUUUUAGUCAAACUGGAGUCACAAUUGGUGGUGGAAUUCAAACGGAUGCAGCCAUUAACCCAGGGAAUAGUGGGGGUCCUUUACUGGAUUCUAAAGGAAAUCUAAUUGGAAUUAAUACAGCAAUUUUUACUCAAACAGGGACAUCAGCUGGGGUUGGAUUUGCUAUCCCUUCCUCAACGGUCCUCAAGAUUGUACCUCAAUUAAUUAAGUUUGGUAAAGUUGUUCGAGCUGGUUUAAAUGUGGAGAUUGCUCCUGAUCUGAUUGCAAAUCAACUCAAUGUUCGAAAUGGAGCUCUUAUCCUGCAGGUUCCAGGGAAUAGUCUUCCAGCAAAGGCUGGUUUACUUCCAACUACAAGGGGUUUUGCUGGAAAAAUUGUUCUUGGGGAUAUUAUCGUUGCAGUGGAUAACAAACCUGUUAAAAACAAAGCAGCGCUAUACAAGGUGUUGGAUGAUUACAGUGUGGGAGACACAGUAAUGUUGAAGAUUCUAAGAGGUGGUGAGAAUUUAGAGCUACCUAUCACGCUGGAGGAGAAAAGUUCUUGACAUUGGAUUUACUAUUAUUCCUCUGUAUAUCUGUUAAUUUGUUAUAUAUCAAAAAAUAGAUUAAUUGUACGAAAGGAAAAGAAUUGUGCACAUGGGGAUCUUUAAGGGAAGUGACUGUGAAUGGGUUUGUGUUAAUAUGCUAAAAUCUAACUGGUUCUUGAUGAGA